AUGGAGUCCGCAAUAGACUCUGUUCUCGAAGGCCUAUCGAAAGCAGACAAUGUUAAGGGUGUCUUAGUUGCUGACGGAAACGGUCUUUGCAUCGGAGCAAGAGGAAUAGCAAACCCAAGCUUAUCUGGGUAUGUCGUAGCCGUCGCUGAACAGGCUAAAGACCUUGCCGAUGUGUCGUCUGAACUGCCGGUUGUUAAAAUAGAAUCCGAAACUGCGUAA